UCCAUUCUAUUGCGCUUAAUUCAUUUAUGGUUAUAAACGUUAUAAAAGAUAAACAUUCUCAAUUGCCUCUUUUUCCUCUUGAUUUUUAAACCAAAAAUUCUAUAAUUGUAUAUAGUUUAUUAUAAAAUAAAAUAAAUACAAGUCGAAAAAUCUUCUAAAUUCUAUAAUCCAAACAUAGCAAAAUGUUUUCAUUAGUUUGAUGAUCCUCGCGGAAAAUUGUCAUGUUUAUAAAAGUGAUAAAUGUAAAUAUUGUAUUAUGAAUGUUUAUUUGGAGCAAUUCCUGCUAUUGGAGAUUUUUAGACCACUAACAUCUAGGCUUGAGUAAAGUACAUUCGGAUCUAGUUCUUCAACUUGUUGCCAUGGAUCUUGCGAAGGAUUACGACGAUACUACUGAUUAUACUGAACUGUUUCUUGCAGUCCAUAAUGGGGACUUGAAUCUUGUUCACUCUCUGUUCGCUAAAUAUUCGGCGACGGAAACGAUACGAGGAAGGACAUUGCUACAUGUGGCGGCUGCAAGAGGACACACGGAAAUAGCAAAAUUGUUCACCACCAAGCGAGACGAAGCAGGAAACACUCCACUGCAUCUGUCGAUAAUGAGGAAUCAACCUGAGGUAUUCAACCUUCUUUUAGAGGAGACUAACUUGAACGCGAAAAAUCUUCGGGGUGAAAGACCUCUUCACUAUGCAGUUUUGUUCAAUCGUCCUGAAUUUGUAAAAAAGCUUAUAGAGAAUGGCGCGAUUAUUGAGGAAAAAGAUAAAGAGGGAAAAACGCCACUUUAUGUUGCAUUGGCGAAAGAAAACGUCCAAAUGGCAGAAAUUCUUUUUAAACACGGUGCAGUUUUGAGUGACAACGAUUUGAUAUACAUGGGACCUCUUCGUUCCGCAGUUAAGGAAGGAAAUUUUGAAAUGGUAAAGCUGCUCAUGGUGAAUGGAUGCAACACAGUCGAUAUUCCAACAUUCGAUGGUUCUGCUCUUAAAUUCGCAGUCUCGUGUGGUCAUUUAGAAAUUUUAGAAUACCUCAUGAAAAAUGGUGUGAAAAGCAGUGAAACGAUUAAUAAGGACAAACUCCGCUUGUUUCAAUCAAGUAUAAAGAAUGAACACAUGAAUAUUUUUAAAUACUUAGUGGAUGUAGGUUUGAAAACAGAGAAACUGUCAAAUAUAUUAUAUGAUACAAUUUCCUACAAACACUAUGACCUAUUUGAAUAUGUACUAACAUGUUUGUCAAAAAUCUUUGCAAAAACGCAUUUUAAGGAGAAGCAGCUUCAUUUUUCUAUCCGAAUGGGUCAAGUGGAAACUAUCAAAGCCACUGUCAAGGAACCUACAAAUCAGUAUCAAUCGAACGCUGUCGCUAAAAAGUUGGCAGUUUACAUUGCUGCCGAAACUGGGAAUGAAGAAAUAUUAGAAAUCCUUUUAAAAGCUGAUUAUCCUGUCGAUAGUUUAUUCAACAUAAUAAGUGCCAUUCACGUUGCUGCUACAUUCGAGCACCCGAGAUUAGUAAAGCUUCUUCUAAAAGCCGGAGCUGAUGUUAAUUUGCAAACUGAACAUAAUCUCACUCCACUGCAUUUUGCAGCAACCUCAGGAAAACCAGCUGUUGUAAAAUAUCUCCUAGAAAACGGUGCUGAUCCCACUCUAACCUGUAAUUGCAGCGAAACACCAUUAGCAAUGGCCGUGGUCAUGUUUUCUUCAAGUCAGUUUCUCACAAGCAUUCCUGCUUCUAAGUUUGAGAGAUUGGCCAAAGUAACGGAGUUGUUAAUUCGUUUUUCAGACACCGAGGCUAUUGAGAGCUUAUAUUUGCUGGCAAUUAAAAUUAAAGUGUUAAAUAUCACUAAUUCUGAGCCAAAAGGACUAAUUUGUAACGAUAAAAAUGCUGUAUUUCGUCCAGAAAUUGUUAACUGUAUGUCUAGUUAUCUAAGUGAUGAAGCAUUGCAAAUGUUUUCGGAGCGAGUUCUAAAUGAGUCUUUUUCAUUUGGUCAUUCACCAGAAUUGCUACAUCUUAUGAUGGAUUAUAACAAUUCCAAAUCAUGUUGUACUAUGGAAAUUUAUGAUACGGAUACAAGUUACAAGUGCAAAUUAAUUGUAAUUUGCUACUCUAAAAACAUUAGUGAUCUUUUGUGUAUUGAAGAUACUGAUUUCUCUUUUGGAGGUGAUGAUGAUGAUUACCAAAUGACAGAGGAGAAAUUAGCAUUUUUUAAGUUGAUUGUCGCGCGUUUAGUUUUGUUGACCGAAGACAAUCAUCAAGGUGUGUUAGAGUAUUCCAAAGACAAUGAUCUUAAUGAUUGGCGAGAAAAGUGUUUAGAGGAGAAAAAGGUCUUGAAAAAGACUAAAAUUAAUGAAAAUAUGAUCGUUACUUUCUAUGAUGUACUAACGAAAUCAACUAAUGAGGUUGCAAUGUACACGAGCAACUGUGACUUUUUAAAAGCAAUCGAAUCUUCUGAUACAAAAUUUCCGGUAUACGCUGAUUUCUUAAAGACGAAUGUCGAAAUAGCAGAGAAAAGAAAAGAGUUCAUGAACGAAUGCACUAACUUAAUGUUUAAUUUGAUCAAAAAAUCUCACAAAAUUCGAAUUUCUCGAGCUGAUAUGGUUCAUAUAUUUCAAUAUCUCACAAUUGUAGAUUUACGAAGGUUUUCAGCAGCUUGUUCCAGAAACAGUAGACUACAUUUGAUUCAGAUUCUCCUAUUUGUCACCAUGGAUCCUACUAAUGAUUACAACGAUACUUCUGGUUACGAUGAAUUGUCUCUCGCAGUUCACAAUGGAGACUUAAAUCUUGUUCAGUCUCUACUCAAGAAACAUUCGGCGAGGGAAAAAAUUCGUGGCAGGAUAUUGCUGAGUAUAGCGACCGUAAGAAGACACACGGAGAUAGCAAAAUUGUUCACCGCCAAGCGAGACGAAAUAGGGAACACACCUUUGCAUCUGACGAUAAUGGGGAACCAACCUCAGAUUUUCAAUCUCCUUUUAGAAGAGAGUAACGUGAACGCAAAAAAUUGCUUUGGCCAAAAUCUACUCCACUACGCAGCUUUGUAUAAUCGCUCUGAAUUUGCAGAAAAACUUAUAGAUACUGGCGCCUUUAUUGAGGUAAAAGAUAAAAUGGGUAGAACACCUCUUUACGUUGCAUUGGAGAAUGGAAACAUUCAGAUAGCAGAAGUUCUUUUUCAACAUGGAGCUGUUUUAAGUGAUGACGCUUUGACAAAUAUGUAUCCUCUUCGUGACGCUGUUGAGGAAGGAAAUUUUGAAAUGGUCAAACUGCUCAUGGUGAAUGGAUGCAGCACAGUCGAUAUUCCAACUGAUGAUGAUUCUUCUCUUAAACUUGCAGUAUCGUCCGGUCGUUUGGACAUUUUAGAAUAUCUCAUAAAGAAUGGCGAAAAAAGUAGUGAAACGAUUACUAAAGAUGAACUCCACUUGUUUGAAACAAGUAUAAAGAAUAAUCGCUUUAAUAUUUUAAAGUAUUUAGUGGACAUUGGUGUGAAGACAGAAACAGUAGAUGAUAUAUUUUAUGACGUAAUUAAUUUGAAACGUUAUGACAUGUGGGAGUAUUUAGUAAAAUUGUUGUCGACAAUCUAUGCAAAAACGCAUUAUAAAGAGAAGCAGCUUCAUUUUUCAAUUCGAAUGGGCCAAGUGGAAUCUGUUAAAGCAAUCGUAAACGACCCAGCAAGUGAAUAUAUAUCGGACCCUUUUGCUAAAAAAUUGGCAGUUUACAUCGCUGCUGAAACUGGCAAUGAAGAAAUAUUAGAAAAUCUUCUAAAAGCUGGUUAUCCUGUCGAAAGUUUAUUUAAGAUAACAACUCCUCUUCACGUCGCCGCAACACUCGAGCACCCGAGACUAGUGAAACUGCUCUUGAAAGCAGGAGCUGAUGUUAAUAUACAAACUGAUCAUGGUCUCACUCCUUUACACUUCGCAGCAACUUCAGCGCAGCCAGCAGUAGUUAAAUUUCUCCUAGAAAACGGUGCUGAUCCUUCCAAGAGCAGCAAUUUCGGAGGAACACCAUUAUUAGUGGCUUUGAGGAUGGUUUCAUCAAUUUUUCUUCACAGACCUACUUCUAUUUUAACAUUCGAGAGAUUGACAAAAGUCGCAGAGUUGUUAAUUCGGUAUUCAAUCAAUGAAACUAGUGACACGGGGUUAAACUUGUUAAUAACAACCGCAGCUCAAAUGAAGGUUUCCUCUAAUAACGUCGAAGAAAAUAAUUCAACUCAAGGUUUAAGUGGGCAAACACCGAAGAAUGACGCCGAUAAUUCUGCAUUUCGUCCCGAAAUCCUCAGAUGCAUAUUUAAUUACCUAUCCGAUAAAAAAAUCGAACACUUUUCAGAAUUAGCAUUUAACGACCACUAUCUACUAGAACGUACGCCGGAACUACUGAAUCUUUUGAUGGAAUACGAUGACUCGAAGUCAUGUUGCGAUGUUAAAUUGAGUCCUAAUGAUAAAAGCUACAAAUCCAAGUUACUUGUGAUCCAUUACUCUAAAAACUAUACCGAUCUUCUUAGUGUUAAACUACAGGAUACUUCGUCAGACUCUGAUGAGGAUAAAACAGUUUUGCAGUUGAUAGUAGCUCGCUUAGUGUUAAUAAUCAGAAAUCGUCAUUCUUGUUUGUUAAAGUUUUGCCGAAGCAACAAACUCGAUGAUUGGAGAAGGAAAUGUGUGAAGGAGAGAGUCAGAAUGCGAAAAACGAAAGUUAGCAAUGAUUUAAAUAUCACUUUCUAUGAUGCUUUAACCAAGUCAACUGAUAAACUUGCAGUGUACGCAAGCAACAGGAACUUUCUAAAAGCAAUCGAAUCUUCGGAAGAAAAAUUUCCAGCGUAUGCUAAGUUUAUAAAAGCAAAUGUCGAACUAGCAGAAACUAGAAACAAAUUUAUAAACGAAUGUUUUAGUUUCAUGUCCAGUUUGGUUAAAAAAUGUCACAAAAUUCGAAUUUCCAAAGCUGAAGUCAAUCAGAUUUUCAAAUAUCUGUCAAUUGUAGAUUUGCGAAGAUUUUCAGCAGCUUGUUCAUAAAAAAUAUCUUUAUUGUUAAAUUGACAAAAGUAAUUAAACAUUUAGAAUUAUUAAACAAUAAUUUGAUAGUAAAUAAAUAAUUGCCUUCGAAUAUACAAAUGUAUAUUACUACAUAUAUUCCAUUGUCAACUAAGCUUGAUGAUUUAAAACAAAGUAUUCUGAAAUAAUGCCGGUAUAAAUGUAUAAAUUUAGGCAUUUUAAAUAUCACUUGUCAAAUUAUUUUUUGUAGUUUAUAAAAGAAAACUUAAGUUUAUUGAAAUUAGAAUAUUUUCUUCU